CGUCGCGGGACUUUUGCCCUCCUGUUCCCGGGUCCCUCAGGAGGCCACCCCAGUGGGCACACGCCCAGGUGCCGCUCCUGCCCCGCGCUCCCUCCCUCUGCCUUUCACUUUCCAGCUGCCAAGAUCUUGGAAGCUUUGAAGCUCAGCGAAGAAGGAAAAUCCAUUGAGAACAGUCUGUAAAGUGUUGAGAAAUAUCCAGAUACUACCCGCACUCUUCCUGUCUCCUGCUUGAACCUGAGAUUCUUCCACUGGGCUUCAACUGUGAGGAAAUGUCAUUCCGAUUUGGCCAACACCUCAUCAAGCCCUCUGUCGUUUUUCUCAAAACAGAACUGUCCUUUGCUCUUGUGAAUAGGAAACCUGUGGUACCAGGACAUGUCCUCGUGUGUCCCCUUCGGCCAGUGGAGCGCUUCCGAGACCUGCGUCCCGAUGAAGUGGCGGAUUUGUUUCAGGCGACCCAGAGAGUUGGGCUGGUGGUGGAGAAGCAUUUCCAAGGAACUUCUCUCACAUUUUCCAUGCAGGAUGGCCCUGAAGCUGGACAGACUGUGAAGCAUGUUCACGUCCACGUUCUUCCGAGGAAGGCUGGAGACUUUCACAGGAAUGACAGCAUCUAUGAUGAGCUCCAGAAACAUGACAAGGAGGAGGAGGACUCCCCAACCUUGUGGAGGUCUGAGGAGGAAAUGGCAGCAGAAGCUGCAACCCUGCGGGCCUACUUUCAGUGACUGUGCAGGCAUGAAAGCAACUCGAACAAAUCCCAAGACAUAAGGAAAUGGGCCUCGUUCUCUAGGACUCUGCAGCAUUGGAAAUGAAGCUAAGCAGACUUUAUUACAUCCUACAAUUCUGCAACCUUUUGUGAAGCAUUUUAUUACACUUGUGGAAGCCAUCGAGGUUAUGUUUCAAUCACGAUGACUGACGGGCUAACUUCAAAAUAACAGGAUCGACAGCCCUUCCACACUUCCUGGGCUAUGUACUUAGAAUAGAACCUUUUCUAAAUUGUCCUUUGGCCUAGAUGGAAAUAAAAUGGUAGUUAAAAUA